ACAAUUUUUUUGUUGAGAGUAGAAAGACAAAACAAGCCCUCAAUGUUCCAAAUUAUGACAAAUAGCUCUCCCCCACUCUUCCAAUUCUAACGCAAACGACGCACCUGAACCGGAUCUUCCUCUUCCACCAAUCCCCAAGUUCUAGAGAGUACUCAGUUGAAGUUAAGGAUUCGUUACAUCAAUCGAUCGAUCAAUUGAGAAGUCAUGGGAGGAGCAGAUCAUGGACACGGAGGAGAGGGAGCCCAUGCGGACUUUAGGAGCAAGGUGUGGAGCAUGUCGGGUGGACCGUACUGCAGGCCCAAGCACUGGCGUCGCAACACUGCCAUCGCCAUGGCCGGGAUUAUCCUAAUCUGUAUUCCCGUCGCCAUGAAGUCUGCCGAGCUCGAGGUCUUCUUACACUUUUCCCUCUUUACUUUCCUUUUUUCAGUUCCACGCAGAAUGUUGGAUAGGAAAGAAAAGAAAUGAUACUAACAAUCCAAU